GAACAACUGAGGUUGCGCAUAUCACCCGGAAGAGCUAGAAGUCCUGCUCGACUUGUACGGUCACGGUCCUGAAGCAGAGAAGCUUCCUCUAUUAUCAUAAUUUAAUCUUAAUUUAUGCUGCUAUCUAUUGGUAUACGAAAUGCAUUAUCGUUCGUCGUUUAUCCUAUUUCACAAGAUGAAUGUCCACGAUUAUACAAGAAAAUCAGUUGUAGGCUGAUCCUCCUUCUCAAAUGCCAUACUUCCAUGUCCAGUCGAUUGAAGCUUCUUACCCUUCACUUCUUAGCUCCUCUUACGU